AGCAUCAGACUCACGUUUACAUCGCUCGUCUGUCAUCGUUCUUUCUCGGUCCAGCUUGUAAUCCACGUCCUCGUCAUGGCCAGCUUAAGCAGUACAUUCGCUCGGAGAUCGAUUCUGAAAGCUGUAGGAACGGCUCCUACCUUGAGAUGUGCACCUUCUUUGUUGCUUUGUCAGAAGAGAUUCGCAACGACCGAGGCCGUGUCUAGCCAAGAUGAGAUUGCGAUCCUGAACAAUCAACGAUUAAAACGACCCAUCAGUCCACAUCUUUCAAUCUACCAACCUCAGAUGACAUGGUACCCCUCCAUGUUCCACCGUUUGACCGGCGUAGCUCUCUCUGGAGGACUCUAUCUUUCAGCUCUGGCAUACUUGACACACCCUUAUUUCCCAGCUCUGGAUUCAGCUCACCUCGUCCAAUUGGUACAUGAUUCUCCAGUCUGGCUCAAGGGAUCUAUCAAAAUGUUGUUCGCCCUUCCCUUCACUUUCCACUCGUUUAAUGGAAUCAGACAUCUUCUCUGGGAUGUGGGCUACGGACUCACACUUAAGGGAGUGUACGCUGGGGCUUAUGCUGUGAUUGGAUUGACAACCGUGUCGUCUAUUUGGCUCGCUUUCUUCGUCUAGAUGAGUGCAGGAAAGUAAGGUGGACGGUUCCUCCAAGCUCGAGGGGACGAAUAAUUCGGGUGCCUUCUUCUUUUUCUCUAUACCUCGCGCUCACACCGAUGGGUGACUUGUAACAAUGAUAAGAGACAGAUGUACGAGACAGAUGCAUAUGCAAUGAAAGGUCCC